AUGUCUGAUCCGCGCAUAAAACCCAUUUGCUUGGCAUCAGUUAGCGCAGAGACACUAUCUGCUGGCGAGUGGCCACCGGUUAAAACAACCGUUGUAGCAGUUGGAUGGGGUAGAACAUCGGAAAAUGGAUUCGUAUCAUCGACACUUCAACAAGUAACAUUGCAAGUUGUCGACCAUCAAUCAACCACUUGUCGUCCAAUAGUAACCGAUUGGACGAAACAAUUUUGUGCCGGCGUUGACGGUGGUGGGAAAGACACAUGUGUGGGUGACUCUGGUGGACCUCUAAUGGCAUUCACUACUAGCAAUCAGUGGAUAUUGGUCGGUGUGACUAGUAACAGUUUCGGUUGCGCACAACCAAUCUAUGCUGGUGGUUAUACUCGUGUAGCUGCCUAUCAUAGUUGGAUCACUUCAAUGACGAACACGUCAUUCUCAACAGCAAUUUCGUCGCGUUUAAUUUCAAAAUGGACCACAUUGUGUUCAUCGGAGGCCACAGUACUUCGUUCAGCGAAUCUUGCAUUUGAAUCAUCGAACAGCCAAGGAUUAACAACAAUGGACAUACUAGCAUCAUCUAAUAUCGAAGGUUGA